AUGACCUCGUCGGACAAUGAUGAAACCGGGAGCGACCUGUCUGAGUCCCUGGAGAUCCGAGAGCUCCAGGACCAGUACCCGAACCCCGAGAACUGCUUCAAGUCCAAGAGCUUACCCAUCCUGAAUGGACCGUGUCAGCCGGAGAGCAAGGCACUGGAGACCCGGCUGCUCAACACCACCCACACCUGUGUGGCCGUGGACGAGUCCGGCGAGCUCCAGCUGAAGACCCCCGACUCCAGCCAGGCAGAGUCCCCCUCCUCCAGGACGGACUUCUCUCCCUCCGCCUCCAGCAUGGUGGGGCUCAGCAGCUCUCUGCCGGUGGAGGGCCACAGGGCUGGGGGCAAAAAACUUGGCUUCCCCUUUACCUGCCUUAUCCGUAUCCCAGUCAGGAAGUACGUGCGGGUCAUCCUGAGGGACUCCCGCUGCUUCCUGUUCUGCAUGUGCUACCUGACCUUCAUCCAGUCCCUGAUGGUGUCGGGCUACCUGAGCAGUGUCAUCACCACCAUUGAGAAGCGUUACAGCCUCCGCAGCUCAGAGUCCGGCCUGCUGGUCAGCUGCUUCGACAUCGGCAGCUUGGUGGUGGUGGUCUUCAUCUCCUACUUUGGCGGCAGAGGUCAAAGGCCGCGCUGGCUUGCUGUGGGUGGCGUGGUCAUCGCCAUAGGGGCCGCGAUGUUCUCCCUGCCCCACUUCAUCUCGCCACCCUACCAGAUCCAGGAGAUGAACUCGUCACUAGGUCACGGAGGCCUCUGUCAGAGCGGCAACAGCAGCGGGCGAGACCUGGACGUGGCGUCGUGCCCCCGUGACCAGGAGGGCAACGAGCACAACCUGUACGUGGCUCUGUUCAUCUGCGCCCAGAUACUCAUCGGCAUGGGCUCCACGCCCAUCUACACCCUGGGGCCCACCUACCUGGAUGACAACGUGAAGAAAGAAAAUGCCUCUCUCUACCUUGCCAUCAUGUAUGUGAUGGGCGCCCUGGGACCCGCAGCUGGCUACCUGCUGGGUGGCGUCCUCAUCGGCUACUACGUCGACCCCACAACUGUCGUGAACAUCGACCAGAGUGACCCUCGCUUUGUUGGCAACUGGUGGAGUGGAUUUCUCCUGUGUUCCGUUGCCAUGCUGCUGGUCAUCUUCCCCAUGUUUGCCUUCCCCAAAAAGCUGCCUCCUCGCCACAAAAAGAGGAAGAAGAAAAAGAUCAGCUCGCCCGGUGACGAGUCCAGCGACGAUGAGAUGAUGAAGGAGAAGUCCAGCACCAAAGGCCAGAAAGUCACCUCCUCCAUGGGCUUUGGAAAGGACAUCAAAGACCUCCCCAAGGCAGCACUGAGGAUCCUCAGCAACAUGACCUUCCUGUUCGUCAGCCUGUCCUACACUGCAGAGUGUGCCAUCGUCACCGCCUUCAUCACCUUCAUUCCAAAGUUUAUCGAGUCUCAGUUUGGCAUCCCCGCCUCCAACGCCAGCAUCUACACCGGUGUGAUCAUCGUCCCCAGCGCCGGCGUGGGCAUCGUGCUGGGGGGCUACAUCAUCAAGAAGCUGAAGCUCGGAGCCAGAGAGUCGGCCAAGCUGGCCAUGAUCUGCAGCGGCGUGUCCCUGCUCUGCUUCUCCACACUCUUCAUCGUGGGCUGCGAGAGCAUCAACCUGGGAGGCAUCAACAUACCGUACACCACUGGGCCGACCCUGACGAUGACCCACAGGAACCUGACGGGAAGCUGCAACGUGAACUGUGGCUGCAGGAUCCACGAGUAUGCUCCCGUCUGCGGCUCCGACGGCAUCACCUACUUCAACCCCUGUCUGGCUGGAUGCAGCACCGUGGGCAAUGAAAGCACCGGGAUCAGGAACUACACGGACUGCGGCUGCGUGCAGAGCCGGCAGGUCAUCACGCCGUCCUCCGGCGGGCAGGUCAACCAGCUGCAGCUGGUCAUCGUCAAAACCUACCUGAACGAGAAUGGCUACGCCGUGUCGGGGAAGUGCGACCGCACCUGCAACACGCUCAUCCCUUUCCUCAUCUUCCUCUUCAUCGUCACGCUCAUCACCGCCUGUGCCCAGCCCUCCGCCAUCAUCGUCACACUCAGGUCUGUGGACGAGCAGGAGAGGCCUUUUGCUCUCGGGAUGCAGUUUGUCCUGCUCCGCACUCUCGCCUACAUCCCGACGCCCAUCUACUUCGGCGCUGUGAUCGACACCACCUGCAUGCUGUGGCAGCAGGACUGUGGCGUGCACGGCUCCUGCUGGGAGUACGACGUCACCUCCUUCCGCUUCGUCUACUUCGGCCUGGCCGCCAGCCUCAAGUUUGUCGGCUUCAUCUUCAUCUUCCUCACCUGGUACUCCAUCAAGCACAAGGAGGACCUGGCCGAGCGCUGGCGCCAGCACCUGCCUCCGCUGGGCACCGUCAGCGACCUCAUCUGCCACGCCGGCGGCCAGAAGAGCCACGCCCGCACCCGCUCCUGCCCCGUGUUCAUCCCGCCUCGGCCCGACCCUCCCACCGCCCUGCUGCUCAGCCGCGGCCACAGCAGCCUCAGUUGCCCCGGCAACGCCCUCAAAGCAAUAACCCCGCCCAUCAUCUUGCCACACCACCACCAAGGCUCCGCCCGUGUCUGAGAGCGUGCCAAGCCUCCCUGCGGGGGGGUCCUUAGUGACAUGUGCCUUCCUGUUUAGUGUCUCUGCAUCCCUCCCUGUCUGCUCUACACCAAUCAGACACAAGGGCGGCGCUCCAGGACCGACAGGCGGAGACGCAGGCGCGCCCACCACACCAAGGGCUGCUCAUCGCCGUGUAUGAUAACAGGAAACGGACAGGUUCCCUUUUGAGCAAAAUCAUCAGACGGUCAAACGUCCACUUUCAAGGACGGACAGAGGACGCAAAGACAUCACAUGGUGCUACUGUGAAAGGGCGGGGCAUUCAAACCUCAGUCACAUGACCAACACGGCGUCUAAAGCACAACAGACAAACCUGUACUAUGCAACAUCCUGUGUACAGCUCGUCCUCCUCAGUACUGUACAGCUCCCUCUGUAUCCGUACCUCUUUCUUCUUCUUCUUCUUCUUCUUCUUCUUACUUCACUUCAUCACCUCAUCAUCUCCUCACUGUCUGAACUGGGAACAUAUCAGACCCUCCCUCUCUUGUAUUUGAGCCAUUCCUGGUUUGUCCGGUGAACACACGCGUCGUCGUCUGCAUCUCCAGAAACGACAAACGUGUUUUUUUCUUUUUUUUUGUAACAGUGCCUCUCCGCUGCCUCGGCCAGUACACUACACAAAUACAAAGCUAGCUCCCAGGGUAUCUGCUGGCCACUGUCGUCUCAGUGGAGCUGCAGCGUCCUGCUUCGUUUCUCUCAGCGUUUUUUUCGUGAGUCGCCGUCGCAGUUUCUCUCCUUGGCAAGGGAACCAUGUAGCUCAAAGCCGACAAGCACCAACGGUACAGCGUUCACUGACCAACACGUUGUCAGUCACACUACGUUAUUAUUGUGAACUGUAAUGUUUAGCGGGAGAAAGCAGCAGGAGCGGGAUCUGAUCUCUGAGCGUGUGCUGAAGCUACUGUUUGUCCUACGGAUGUGAACAAACCUGAAAACUGGAAAGGAGAAAAGAAAAUCUGCUCUCUUAAUAAAUCUGUAUAGUUGUGUCCAUUCUAAAGGCUUUAAAAUAUAAUAAUAAUGAUAUAAAUACAACAAAGGCCACCUUUUUAACAGCAGGAGUUAAUCUGACAUUAAGUCAGUUCCUGGGUGUCUGGUGCCCUCUAGUGGACAGAGAGAUGAUUGUGCAAAGGCCGGUGAAUGUCUCUGUUGGUCAGACCUGUUGGACUCAAUGAAAUCGUUGGAUUAUUAAACUUCAUCACUGCACUGAGUUUAGAUCUUUAGUUUCCCAAAGAUGUACCCGAGCUCAAGACGAGCCGCCAUCUUUGAUUCCCUCUGCAGACCAUGUGAUUAAAUCCAAUUGUAAACUUUAGCUCCACACAAACAGUGUUUGGCUCAGACCAGGUUGAAGCGUCCACCUCGGGCUCAUGUCGUAUCGUAAUGAUCUGAUAUAUUUGCUCUCCUGUUGAAGCAAAAUUGAAGAAACUAAAAGAGGCGCGUUAACUUUGCCAUUUUCUGUGUUUAAACAAAAUUAGAUGAAUUAAGUGAAUAAAAUCUGUGCCACAUUAUUUAAAAGU